ACCUCUAGAGUUGUUUACCACGUAAUUAUCCCAAUGUCUGUCUAGCCAGACAGGCAUCUCGCGCUUCGCUGCAACAGUAGACCUCGCAUCUGCCCAAAGCAACACCUUCGCCACCCACAACACCAAUAUCUUUAUCUGCUACACCCCCCCUCCAAACCAGAAAGGCGCAUUCGUACUCGCUACGCAUCGCCAUCAUGUCCGGAGAAGCCGAACCACGUCGAUCCGUGCGCGCCACCAAGGGCCAACACACAAAGUCCUUCGACGAGCUUGAGCCUGCGGCCGUACCCAAGCGACGACAGACCAAGAAGACCAAGAAGGCCAAGGAGCAGGAAACCGAACAGGAGCAGGAGCAAGAGCAAGAACAAGGACAAGAGCCAGAGCAAGAACAGGAACAAGAGCAGGAGGAUGAUCAAGAAGAGGAGAUAAUCCGCUGCGUUUGCGGCGCGACAGAACAAGACGAGGACUCGGGCGAGGCAUGGAUCGCCUGCGAAACCUGUGGCGCUUGGCAACACAAUGUCUGUGUCGGCGUUAGUUCCUACGAUGAUGAGAUACCAGAGCACUACUGGUGCGAGCAAUGUCGACCGCAAGACCACAAAGAGCUUCUCGAUGGCAUUGCCAAGGGCGAGAAACCAUGGGAGGCUAGGCGCAAGGCCCACGAGGAGGAGUCAGAGAAGAAGAAGAGGAGGGGCGGCAGGAGGGGCAAAGGAAAGCGGAACAGCGACUCCAAGGAAGAGCUUGAGAAGUCUGCUGGAACCAAGCCCAAGCCAUCGCCAGCACCCGAUGCUGGCAAGGAAAAGAAGGAGCCUGCCCCGAAACCAGGGAAGCGGAAGACCCGCGAAGAGUCUCAUGAGACAGAGGGCAAGACUCCCAAGAUUCGACGCGUAUCGGAGAACGAAUCGGUUCCUGUUCCCGUCAGCUAUACGCCACCCCCGGACCUCGCCAAGUCAGUAACAGAACUGCCCAAUACACGGAUGGGGCCGGCAAAAGCUCUUAUCAAAUCCAUCAGCCACGUUCUGGGGACAAUGCAAAAGCAGGGCGACCUCGAGCUGGAUGAGGGUACCUCAAUUGAGUCUAUGUCUGAGACGUACGCUCUUCAGAUUGAGCGCGCCGUCUUUGAUACGCACCCCGUAACCAAGGGACAGAAGGAAUAUAGUCAACAGGUCAAGACGCUUAGUUUCAACCUUAAGAAUAACCCAGAGCUGUGCAGCUCACUUGUUGGAGGGACUAUGUCGCCAUCGAGCCUGGCCGUCAUGACAUCGGAGCAGCUUGCCUCGUCGGAGAUGCAGAAACAAACGGCUGAGAUGAAAGCCAAGGCUGAAAAGCAGUCCAUCCUCUACACCUCGGAGACUGGACCACGCGUCCGACGGACGCACAAGGGCGAGGAAGUGGUGGAAGAGGAGAGUUUCGUGAACAACGAUGCUCCGCCUCUGCCCCCUGGACCGCGCCGAUCGGCUACGGUCAAGAACGAGCCGUCAGGGGGAGAUCAGGUCGACCUCGCCUCCCACCCGGCACAACACGAAGGAGGACAACACUCGCCAACUAACCCCAAUUUUGACAUCACCAAGGUCUUCUCAAGUGUCAAGUCUCCAACGGGCACCCAGAACCGUCGGCCAUCGGCCCCUGUCGGCCACGCGAAUGGGCCUGGCGUGGAUGCCGAUGUCGAUCGGAUGCUUCAAGAGGAAAACGAGUCACCACCUUACUCGCCUACGGAGGAGACGCAGGACCCGGACGUGAUUUGGCGUGGUUCACUGGCUAUGAGCUCUAUCGCAAAUUUUCCAGCCACGGCCAAGCACAUGGGCGGUGCCAACUUUGCGGCUGUUGGCCCGUGGUCUAAACUUAUCCCGAAGCGCAUGACUGUGGCCGGGCGUAUCACGCAGCAGAGCGCCAUUGAGUAUCUGUGCAGUCUGCGCUACAGUAGCCUGACGGACAUCAUCGUUAUUAACCUGACCCCCGUGGCACCUGCGGCACACGCCGGAUUCAACGCCCUCAUCGAUUAUUUUGUUAGUAAGAAGCGGUAUGGUGUGGUGGGUGACAAGGCAAUCGGCAAUGUGCGCGACACAUAUCUCGUGCCAGUCCCGGCUGGAGAGGAUAACUAUCCCGAGUUUAUGCUGAACCUGGUGGAUAACAAGAUCCCCAAGAUACGGACUGAGCCGAUGCUGCUGGCCGUUUUUGUCUACCGCAACGACCCAGAGAAUCUGAAACAGAUUAAGGACACGACGACACAGCCGGAGGCGAGCAGUCCGGGAACGCCAACACCAACGGGCUAUGGGCAGCGCAGCAACUCGACGGCAUCGGUAUCGGGGCCAUCCUUCUCGCCGGCAACGCCACAGGCGCCUCAGGGGGCGUUCUCACCACAACAACCGUCGUUCCACGGGCAUCUGCAGUCCACGACGCCGGUGCCUAUCCCGCAGCCUCCCCACACUCGACCGCAAGUCCCGGUACAAGCAGCACCAGCGCCCCCGGUGCCGAGCGUGGCGCCGGGGCAAAUGUCAGAGGCGCAGAAGUAUCAAGCACAGCAAGCCGGACACGCCAUGGCGCAGGAGGUACUCGGUCCGAUGAUUAGCGUACCAACAGUGCAGUUCCUCCUCCCGCAGGCGUUCCAAAUGUCCCGCAGGGAGUGGGAGGUGAUCAAGGGCAUCUUUGAUCAGGAGCCACGAGCAAGGGAGGAUCUGCAGCACCUGGGUGUGCUUCUAGAGAAGGAGAGCGCGGAGAAAAAGGCGGCGGAAGCGGGCCAUGCACAUUGAUGAAGUUGGCUGCCAGACUAUCUCAAAUGGAAACCGGAAGUAUCUCUGGAGUUUCUGGAACUGGUCUUCCUAGGUACGAGGACAGUAGAACCACCAGGCUCAUUACGCAUGGAUGGCGACGACAAAUUGGAUUUUGAAC